UCGAAGCGCGUCAGCAUCACCUGACAGUCUCAGCUCCACACAGGAAGUGGACUUACAAAUUCAACAUGGCUGCUGUCUGAAAAUAAAGGAGGAGCUGCCCUAAGCAAUGAAAUAAACAGGAGGAACCUUCAAACUACGAGACAGUCGACCCAGUACGGUGUGUUAUCUGGUUAGACCUGCUCCGACAUGGCUGUGUGUGUCCAGUCAGUGCAGGAGUUCGUCCAGGACUCCUUCGUCCCCAUGGUGGCCGUCUUAGGCAGCGAAGAAGCGGAGAGAGUGACUCGCAAGAACAACCUGAAUUUCGCUGAGCUGCUGAGGCCUUUCUGCAGGCUAACGUCCGAAGGCCAUAUCCGAGACCCCAACAACCAGAUGCAGGCUGUGAAAAACCUGCGCAUUUGUGUCAACAAUGUGUCAACCAGUCUAAACACAGCAUCUGCUCCCCUCAGCCCUGCCCAGCGCCGGAUGCUCAAUGAAGUGGUGUUAUCCUGUCAGCCACAAGAUGGUGCUUCGACCAAUGUGAUUACAGCAGGAGACUAUGAUCUUAACUUCAGUGCAACCACACCCUGGUUUGAAACCUACAGAGAGAACUUCCUGCAGUCCAUGCCUGCCUCUGACCAUGAGUUCCUCAACCACUACCUCGCCUGCCUGCUGGUUGUGUCCUCCACAGAAACAGUCCCUGUGGAGCAAUUCCUCAAGCUUUCCCAAGAGCAGCACAGGGUUCAGCAUAGUGGUGAAUAUACUAACCCUAAGUGGUUUAUUCCCAACACGCUCAAGUACUACGUCUUGCUGCAUGACAUGAGUGAAGGGGAUGAACAAAGGGCAGAAACAGUGUAUGAGGAUAUGAAACAGAGGUAUGGUUCUCAGGGCUGUUACCUUUUGAAAGUAAACUCACGUGCCCUUUCAGCUGAAGUUGAUGAACAGAUUCCAGACCCCUGGAGUCAAUAUCUUCACAGGAGCAAUAUACAAAACCAGGAUAUUCUUGAUGAUGUGGCUCCGACUGUCAACAGUCCUGCUUAUGAAAAUAAUAUCAGCACAGCGGAAGCGGACUGCCAACCAUCAACAGACAAAGAUGGAAUGUCCAACAGCCUGAAAAGCCAUCCUCUGCAGCUUGACACAAUUAACACCUCAGGGAGCCUGUACACUCUCGAUGCUGUAAGCAAUGACCUGAAGAAAGGUGCAAGAGCUCCAGAUAGUGUGUCGGGGGGAUCAGGAAGCCAUGGAGUAUGCCUGACCCUGAAUGACCAUGACCGCAUCAGGCAGUUCAUCCAAGAGUUCACCUUCAGAGGCCUGCUGCCGCACAUCGAGAAGAACAUUAGACAGCUCAACGACCAGCUGGUCUCCAGGAAAGGCCUGAGCCGGUCUCUGUUCACUGCCACCAAGAAGUGGUUUGGUGGAGGUAAAGUUCCAGAGAAGAGCAUCAGUGAACCAAAGAGCACAUAUGGCCUUCUAUAUCCACCAGAAGCCCCGGAGCUGCAGAUCAGGAAGAUGGCUGACUUGUGCUUUCUGGUUCAGCACUAUGAGCUGGCCUACAGCUGUUACCACACUGCAAAGAAAGACUUCUUGUCAGACCAGGCCAUGCUGUAUGCUGCAGGAGCACUGGAAAUGGCUGCAGUGUCAGCUUUUCUGCAGGCUGGAGCUCCAAGACCAUACCCAGCACAUUACAUGGAUACAGCUAUACAGACGUACAGAGAUGUGUGCAAGAACAUGGUGCUGGCCGAGCGAUGUGCUUUACUUAGUGCAGAGAUUCUGAAGAGUCAGGCAAAAUACUCGGAAGCGGCAACUCUUCUCAUUAAGAUGACAAGUGAGGACUCUGACCUGCGUAGUGCACUGCUGUUGGAACAGGCAGCGCACUGCUUCAUUAACAUGCGUAACCCAAUGGUACGCAAGUUUGCUUUCCACAUGAUCCUGGCUGGUCAUCGUUUCAGCAAAGCAGGACAGAGGAGGCAUGCACUGCGCUGUUACUGCCAAGCCAUGCAGGUGUACAAGGAGAGAGGCUGGUCUUUGGCAGAGGACCAUAUCAACUUCACCAUUGGGCGUCAAUCCUUCACACUUGGUCAACCAGAGAACGCCGUGACAGCUUUUAGAGAGAUCCUGACCAAUGACAGCAGGCAGACUGCCACACAGCAGGGCGCCUUUCUCAGAGAGUAUCUCUUUGUGUACAAGAGUGUGAUCGGGGGAAAUGAAGUCAGUCUCCCUCAACUACCUCUUCCCUGCAUCCACAGCUCAGCCACAAGAGUUUAUUUUGGACACGAUCGCCGCCUUGCAGAGGGGGAAAAGCAGGCGGCUACUCAUGUAUCUCUAGAUCAGGAGUAUGAUCAGGAUUUGGCAGCCAUGUGGUGCAGCCUGGAGGAGCAGCUUGUGGCUGCCUCCAACAGAGGGAUUGUCCCAGCUAACUUUCAGCCCACUCAAUGCUGUCUCAACAGCCAAACGGACAACCUGCGCUGCCCACUGGCUGUAGUGGAGGAGCCAAUCAUAGUAGAGUUAAAAUUCAACAACCCUCUAAAGGUUUCUCUGGCUCUGUCCAACCUAUCACUUCUCUGGAGAUUCACUGCUGAGGGUGUGUCUGAAGAGAUGGCCAUCACCAAUGAGGAGACCUUGGAUCUGGGGGUAAAACAGAAGGAUGACAUCGUCACAACAGAGGUCAUCCAGGAGUUUCAAAUGGGUCCAGAGGAGACCAAAAUUGCUCGGCUGAGGCUGCUGCCACACAGAACAGGCCAGCUGAACAUUGUAGGUGUGGUGUACGACCUGGCCACAGCCUUAUCUGGAGAAAAGGCUCCAAGCACUGAAGGUCAGCAAACAUUGGAUUUGAUAGUGGUUCGGGGCAGACAGGACCUGAAAAUUCGUGGCCUUCGACUCAACCAGACCAAAGAGGACAAGAUGGUGGUUAGACAUGGUCCUGAUCAUCGACUGGAUCCCAUCAUAACGCCGCCCAUGCCCCUAAUGGAGAUCUUUUUCUUGCAGUUUCCCACUGCUCUGCUGUGUGGUGAGAUCAGAAAGGCCUACGUUGAGUUCUGUAACGUCAGCAGUGUUGCUUUGCGUGGCCUGCGAGUGGUAUCCACACACCCAGAUUUCUUUACCUUUGGCAGCCAUGCCACGACGCCCGUUACACCUCUCAGCCCUAACUCAACUGAAAACUGCUCAGCCUAUAAAACCACGGUCACUUCCCCCCAGUCGUGCUCUGGGGCAUCAGAGAUGUUGGUUUCUGCAGGGGAAUACAGCAAGCUGUCUGGUGUUAUGGAGAUACCGAUAGAUGGCAACACGUUGCAGCCGGGAGAGUCCACCCAACUCCCUCUCUGGCUCAGAGGACCAGACCAGGAGGGAGUUCAUGAAAUCAAUUUCCUGUUCUACUAUGAGAGCACAGAGAAAGGAAUCAAAAUCAGUCAUCGUGUGUUGCGUCACACAGUGUUUAUCUGUGCCAGUCGAUCUCUGAGUGUGCAGGCCUCUGCUUGCCGCAGCAGCGUUCCUCCAAAUCAAAGUCUUGAUGACAAAAGUAGCAGUGGAACACUGGUCUUUGUUGAUGUGGAGAACAUCAAUACGAAUGAGGCAGGUGUGCGAGAGUUCCACAUUGUCCAGGUUUCAAGCAGUAGUCAACACUGGCGCCUCCACAAGUGUAUCAACCCUGCAAAGGAUAAAGAUUGUAAACUCACAAGCAGAGAAAGAGCCAAGCUUUGUUUCAGAGCCACACGAUGCAAGCCCGUCCAAGCUGCUUCAGAUGCUGUGGACAAGUACACCUUUGCAGACCUGAAUCUGGGAAAUGAACGGAUCAUCAGCUCCGCCACACCCUGUGGAGAUUUCUUUUUCCGUGGUUGUCCGACCUCAGAUUCCCCGCGAGUGAAUGUGGCAUCAUCCAGGACAUUAUCCAGCAAGAGCUCUGUUCCCCCUGAGGUCACAGCCUCUGACAUUAACAACAUUGUAAAGAAGUGUAAUGAGCUGGACCUCAACAUAAUUGUCAUUUGGAAGGCCUACGUGGUGGAGGACAAUAAACAGCUGAUACUAGAAGGCCAGCUUCAUGUGGCCCUGCAGACCAUCGGCAAAGAGGCCUGUUCUCUGACUCCCAAAGAGGAAGCUCAGGAGAUGGUGCUUCUCAAGUUUAAAUCAGAGCUACCUCCUCCAGUCAUCCUUCCAUCUGCAGAGCUAUCCCAGCUCAUCAAAACCAACCUGCACUACCCUGAGACCUACACACAUCCAUUCAUCCAGGACAGUCUCUGUGUGGUGCCUGUUACGUUGACUUUGUCGAACUGUUCCUCUUCUCAAGUGGAUGUCAACAUUGAAUUACGGCACAAAAGCAGCAGCCUAGAAUCUCUAGAUGUCCACAGCUCGUUCACCUGGGUGGGUCAGACCCAGUACAAACUGCAGCUGAAGUCUCAAGAGGUGCUGUGCCUUACUCUGCGGGCCUGCUUUCUCCAGGCAGGAGUCUACAACCUAAACACUCCGAGAGUCUUUGCCAAGCUGGCCCAGCUGGGCACUAUGUGUGAGACAAGUCAACAGACAGCUAGUCCUGCUCUCAUAAUCAUCAAUAAUGCCUGAGCAGAGGAGCCUAGCCUACGAAGAGGAGGGCCUGGAUUCUGUGGACAGAGAAACCACUUAACAGAGUCUAUUAGUUCUCUACACAGGACCAUACUUGUUUUCUUGAAUAUACUGGACAGCAGGAAAACCGAUGUUUUAUACCAAUUAGUAAAAUAGAAAACGAUUUAUUUAAAGCAACUACAGUUUUUAGAGUUUGAUGAGUAAAUGUUAUAGAGUAAGCUGACGGACAGUUUAUGGACCUUGGAACACAUACAUGUCUUCAGCCAGAUGUAAAUUUUUUCAUCUGCAUGUUGGUUUUCUUCUUAAAAGGCCCACUCUUCAACACAGAUGUUAACCUUUCCACAGACUAGCCCUGUGUGCUUCUAACCCCACUGUUUAACCCACCAUCACCAGAUUCUAACUAGAGAUGUGUACAUCUUAACGUUGUACCCCCUAACACCCAAUCAUCUUAUCAUAGAGUCUACAUUAUUGGGGCAUCUAUUCUCCCAAAGUUCUUGGUAAAAGCCUUCUGACGACUGGAUCACAUUCACCUGUUCUCUCCGUGGCUUCAUGUCUCAACAACCUACUUCCCAUGUUGUCUCAUGUGCAUGCAGUUUACUUCCUCCUGUCCAGCUAAUCAGAUCAGCAUACCCUCUCAUUUUUUGUUUGAUCUCACCAUGUUAUGAUAGAAAUCUUGUAUGCAUUGAUUUAACAGGUUUUUUUUCUGAAAAUUAUGCAUUAUAUUUAUAUAAAAAUUUGAAUGUAAAUAUAAAAUAAAAAUGUAACAAAUGAU